GCGCUGUCUGGACUGUGUCUCUGCACCUUUAAGACAAACUCUGACGUAUGCAUUAGCUCCAAUUCGAUUGGCUGACAGACUUCCGUUAGUUUUCCGGGGGGAAAGGGUGUGUGGGAGCAAGCAUGGCGGCGGAGCCGUGGAACAGGGUAAACAUCGCGUUUCCCGGGGCCGUUUCUUGUGUCCGAGUACAUUUCUCCUCCACUACAGAUGAACGCUUGAAAGCCCUGCUGAUGGAAAACGAGAUGGUGCUUAAGCUUUUUCGGAGUGAGAUUCUUCAAACGGAAGUACGGACACUCUACAAGAUGCUGUACGUCCUGAACAACAGCUCCAGAGGCAACAAGACGUUCAAAGGCCUGAAGCAGGUGGAACAAUGCAUAAACAGGCUGAAGAGCAUGAAGCUUGAUGAUGCUCUUCAGGAGCUGAAGGACCUGUGUCCCAACAGGAUUCAAAGAGGACUGAGCGUCACGGCGGGGGUGUGUGAUGUCCCCAGUCAGCCCAUGCUGGAGUGGCUCUGCCUCAAAGUGCUGGGAGCCGGGCGGCUGAUGAGCUGCACUCUGAACCGCUGCAGCAAAGCUUUCACACUCUCAAAGCAGCAGCUGAAAUGGGAGGAGUUUAUUGUCUUGAAUAUGGUGAUAAUCAGCAUGCUCAGUCGUCUCUGGGUGGUUUUCCAUGGUAUCCUGGUCAGCCUGUCCGCUCUGUAUCAGCAGCUCCUGCCGCUCCUCGGAGAAGUAUCCGACGCUCAUCCCAUGCCCUUCCUCAGAGACUUCUCCCUGCCUGCAGAUAUGGCGCAGUUCCUGGGUCCCUCUGAUGCACGUUUGCUCCUCAGAAAGAGAGCACAUGGUCGCCAGGCUACAAACCUCCAGCAGCAGCAGCAGCAGCAGCAGCGGAGAGAGGAACCUCCGGCGAAAGUGAACAACCGGAGAGAGAAAAGGAACGUCAGAGAAGACUUGGGUGUCGCUAUUGAACGAGGUGUCAGUCGUGAAUCUGACAUGAAGCCCUUUCUCAAGGUUCUCAGGGGCUUUACUGAGGGCAACUCCGUCCCACAGGAAACACGGAAGGCUGACAUGAAGCAAACGUUCAAGAGACAAGUGAAGGAGGCAACGACUUUCACAGAGAUGGUGACCCAUCUAGAAGAAAUGGUCCCGUGGUGUCGAUCUCAGAAGAUGGUGAAGGAAAAACGACUUUUGACCUUCCUGCUUUUAAGGUGCCGGAGGAUGAAAUGCCUCGAGGCUUCGGGUUUCAACGUCCAGAGGAAGUUGCGGCCCUUCAGACAGAAAGCCUGCUGGGCUUCAUCUCCGCACAAGUCGGAGCCAAGAGCCGGUCGACCUUCUGCGGGAAUGAGGUGGCGUGCUCGGCUGAGAUCUCGUUUCCAGUCAAUGAGGAGUCGAUUUGAGUCUUCGACACGAAAAACUGGUGUGAAAAAUAAACGGACGAGGGGGCAAAGGAAGAGGGCCGAGUUGGCCGUGUCUGGACCGUCGGGGGACGAGCGAACAAAGAGGAGUAAAUGCCUGGUGACACCUCAGACCCCCGGCUGGGACAGCCACGAUGACAUCGACGAUAUAUUUGCCUCUGUAGGUUUGUGACACCCUGGACCCGGCCCAUGCAAGGAAACCAAUCACAUGGCGUAUAAUGUGACAUGUGCCUCUGCUUUGAAAAAAGGGUGAUGAUUGGAUGUUGACGUGCUAAACAGCAGUCACUUAAAUGCAGACGUGAACUAGAAGUGUGGAUUGUAUGUUAAGAAUAUCCUAAAGGGUAGAUUGUAGUUGCUCUAACGGGGCCUGAGUGAUACGAUAUUUAAACAUAAUAAAGGGAGAAGCCUCCGAGCAGGCAAUUCAAGAACGUCUCCUGCUUGUCUAGUCCCACAAUGACGAGAGCUAAACUGACAAAAGCUUGUCUCAGACCUUCGUGGUAGUCUUAUAGUUUGAAUGCAUCCCUGAAAUCCAUGGUCUGUGAAUUCACAUGUGUAUGAAAGAGGAUUCACCAUACAUUUGUUUCACUGCAAAAGUUAUAAUAAACAUUUAUUCAAUUUGAAUGAAAAUGAUGUUAUUCUGUACACUGUUAACUAUUAAACCAAUACUAUACAUGUGUGUGGGGGAAACGGUCAAAAUAGAGCUGAA